AUGCACUGCACGACGAGAGCACUAGUUGCCUCUCUGGUGCUGCUGGCCGCAGUGUUGAUGGCCAACGCCCAGACCGACAUCCCCUUUGACCUCGCCGGCGCCAACUUCUACACCAGCGGCACCGCCUCCAUGUCCACCCGUCUCGUCGCGACGCUCAAUGUGUGGGACAACGGCGUGCAGAUCCGGACCACGAUGCCCUCCGGCGGCGUGCCGGAGGGCCACUGGUACCUGGUCAAGUUCUCGGUGCGCCAGGUGGCGGGCCAGCCCAACUUCCCGGCGGGCCAGGGCGUGCAGGGCGUCCUCGUGUUCCGGCCGCUCUACCCGGACACGUACAGCAACUCGCUGGAGACCACCUACCCGUGCGACUCCACCAGUUGGUGCGACUACGCGAUCGCCUUCAAGGCCAGCGACACCCACACCAACGCCAACCCGCCCGGCUUCAUGUUCCAGUGGGGAGAGGGACCCCAGACGUUCGACAUCGCGAUCACAUCGCUCCAGUACUACGGCGCUACGCAGCCGCCGUCAUCGCUCUACAAGUUCUACUACCCGGGGCGCGGCAUCAGCACAGCCGCGUGGAAGGUGAGCGCCAACCAGCGCAUCGAGAACGUGCGGAAGGGUCCGCUCAACGUCAAGGUCGUCGACUCCAACGGCAACGCCAUCUCUGGGGCGUCGGUCAAGGUGCUGCAGCAGAGGCACGAGUUCCCCUUGGGUACGGCCGUCGACCACUGGACGAUCGCCGACAACAGCAACCCGACCUACAAGGCCAAGAUCCUGGAGUACUUCAACUACAUCGUCCUCGAGAACGGUCUCAAGCAGGUCUACUGGGAAGCGGAUAAUGGAGCGUCUUCGCUGAGCGCUCUGAGCUGGGCCGCGAGCAACAACCUGACCUCCAACGGCCACGUCAUCCUGUGGCCGGGCUUCCACUACGAUUACACCCCCCAGCGCUACUGGACGAUGGGCGCCACCGAGCUGCGUAAUGCCAUCUACGCCCACGCGGACGACAUCAUCACCAGGACCAGGCCCUACAUCCACGAGUGGGACGUCAUCAACGAGCCGCUCGAUAACUACGACGUCCAGGGCCAGGUCGCCUCUCCGGGCGUGACCCAGUCCAACGGCGUGCUCGGCAACAGCUUCUCGGCCGACCUCUUUGACUACUGUUGGUCCAAGCUGACGGCCGGCGGCAACCCGAAGACGCCGCAGCUGGUGGUGAACGACUACCACGUGGUGGAGGGCACCAACAACCUCAGGCGCCAGUACACGAUCAACUUCGUGGCCGAUAUACGCAGCCGGACCUCCAACAUCCACGGAUUCGGCCUCCAGUCCCACAUCGGCCACAUGUUCAUCCCCAUGGACACCCUCCAGUCCCGCCUCAACAGCAUUCUUGCGGUGGACGCGGCGAUGAAGGCCAGCGUGACCGAGCUCGAUAUGGACACGUUCGACGAGCUGUUGCAGGCCGACUACCUCGAGGACUACGUGCGCUUCUUCUUCAGCCAGCCCCGCGUCCGGCGCAUUCUGCAGUGGGGCUUCUGGGAGGGCCUCCACUACUGCCCGCAGUGCGCCCUGUUCCGCACCAGCUGGCAGGCCAAGCCGGCCGGCGCGCGGUACCUGGACCUGGUCUUCAAGCAGUGGUGGACCAACGCCACGGCCGCGACCAACUCCACCGGCUUCGCGUCGGUCCGCUCGUUCUACGGCCAGCACCAGAUCACGGCCUCGUACGGCGGCGUCUCGCGCACGGUGCCGGUCACCCUCAGCAGCGCCCAGCAGGCUCAAUACCGCCGCCGCUUCAGCUUCGCCCACGCGCACGCCCACCCCGACCCGCGUUCCAGCGUCGGCAUCGCCCACGCGCACGCCAACCCGACUCGCGCCGCCGCGUCGGUCUCGCCCACUCGCACGCCAACUCCGACUCGCGCCGCCGCGUCGGUCUCGCCCACCCGCACGCCAACGCCGACUCGCGCCGCCGCGUCGGUCUCCCCCACGCGCACACCGAGCCCGACGCGCCAGUCGACGCCCACGCUCACCACGACCGGCCCGCACUCGGUGAGCCCGUCAACGGCCACGCCCGGCUCGACAAUCACCGUCACCACGCGGGUCAACGUCGGCUCGGCGGCCAUCGUCAAUGGCAAGGUGGGCUACCACCUGUCGCCCGAGGGCGAGUACCUCGACACCAACAACAUCGCCAAGCAGUGGGUGGACUUCAGCCUGGGCGCCUUUGCGUCGCAGACCUUCACCUUCACCCCCACCAUCGCGCCCACGGCCCGGGCCGGCCGCUACUGGCUCACCGUCAUCGUGUGGGACGCCGACUGGGACAAUAUCGCGUGGAACACCGACCUGGCCAUACUCACGGUCUACCCGCCUGAUCCCACCAUCGACCGCGUGAGCCUCACCACCAACCCGGUCGCACGCGGCGGCUCCACUACCAUCACCUUCCACGUCAACACCGCCACCAGCGCCUACACCAACGCCAAGGUCGGCUUCAGCUUUGCUGUGCCGGGGGAGGUACAGCAGAAGAUCGUGGAGGAGUUCUGGGAGGGCGACCUUGCGGCGCGCACGUCGUACGUGUACACGUUCGACGCCACCAUCCCGAGCGACACGCCGGUGGGCAACUACAACGUCAACAUCGGCCUCUGGAACUCCAACUGGGAGGGCGAGGCCUGGUCCGAGAGCUACAACCCGCACAACCCCACCACCACCAACGGCGUCACACUCGUCGUUCAGUAG